AUGUCUAACUUGCCGACCAAACAGAAGCUAUGGGGAGGUCGAUUCACUGGCAAAACGGACCCUCUCAUGCAUGAAUUCAACCAGUCACUGCGAUAUGACAAACGGAUGCACGCAGCAGACAUUGCUGGCUCCAUCGCAUACGCGAAGGGCCUCGCGCGCGUUGGCAUCUUGACCCAGGAUGAGCAGCAAAAGAUCGUGAACGGCCUCACAGCGGUAGGAAAGGAGUGGGAGCAGGGCACGUUUGAAGCUCAGCCUGACGACGAAGACAUCCACACAGCGAACGAGCGUCGACUGACCGAGCUCAUUGGGCCCCUUGGAGGAAAGCUCCAUACCGGGCGCUCGCGAAACGACCAGGUCGCUACUGAUAUGCGCCUAUGGCUUCUGGGAGAGGUGCGCACCGUCGAAAAGGGUCUCAAGGAUCUCAUCCGUGUGAUGGUGGAGCGUGCAGACAAGGAGCAGGACAUCCUUAUGCCCGGAUACACCCACCUCCAGCGAGGACAACCGAUCCGGUGGUCCCACCUCCUGCUCUCGCACGCGUUCUCCUUCCGUGCAGACCUGGAGCGGCUCCAACAACUCAUCCCCCGGAUAUCCGUCCUGCCUCUCGGCUCUGGCGCGCUCGCGGGCAACCCUUUUGCCGUGGACAGGGAGUUCCUCGCCAAGGAGCUUGGGUUCGACUCCGUUGCGGAGAACAGCAUGUACGGCGUGAGCGAUCGCGACUUCAUCGCCGAGUUCAUGAUGUGGGCGAGCUUGGCGAUGACGCACGUCAGCCGGAUGGCUGAGGACCUCAUCAUCUACUCGACCGCCGAGUUUGGGUUUAUUACCCUCAGCGAUGCGUACAGCACCGGCUCGAGCAUCAUGCCACAAAAGAAAAACCCCGACUCCCUAGAGCUCCUUCGAGGCAAGUCGGGACGCGUGUUCGGAAACAUGUCUGGUUUCUUGAUGACGUACAAGGGCCUGCCAUCAACGUAUAACAAGGACCUGCAGGAGGACAAGGAGCCACUGUUUGAUGUUGUCGACACCGUGGCAGCGUCGUUCCAGAUCGCAGAGGGCGUCAUUGCUACCAUGGAGGUGCACGGCGACAAGAUGUUCAAAGCGCUGACGAUGGACGUGCUCGCGACGGAUCUCGCAGACUACCUCGUCCGGAAGGGGAUUCCGUUCCGCGAGACCCAUCACGUCUCAGGCCGGGCGGUCGCGCUCGCGGAGGCGCGGCAGUGCCAGCUCAACGAGCUGACGCUGCAGGACUUCCGGAGCCUGCACGAGAAGUUCGACGAGGACGUCCUCGCGGUGUUCGACUUUGAGGCGAGCGUGGAGAGGCGGCAGUCGAUUGGCGGGCCGAGCCGCAAGAUGCUGGAGAGGCAGAUCUCGGUGCUUCGCAGUGCUAUCGCGAACUGA